AGAAUUGCAGUGCACUGGACUGUACAGAGCAGGGUACCAUCCAGGCUGUUGUCUGUGAGGGGUGGGGUCCGGCUACACUGACACCACCAAACAUAAGCUCACAGAGGGACACAGAGCGGAAAAAAAAGACAGAAAAAAAAGAGAGAAGAGGGGGGAAGAUUGCACCUGAAGAGGAAUAUAAUACGGGAUGAAAGGAGACACCCCAGUGAACAGCACCAUGAGUGUCGGCCAGGCCAGGAAGCUGGUGGAGCAACUGAAGAUCGAGGCUAGUUUCUGCAGGAUAAAGGUGUCAAAGGCAGCGGCCGACCUGAUGGCGUACUGCGACGCACACGCCUGUGACGACCCCCUGAUCACCCCCGUGCCCACCUCAGAGAACCCCUUCAGGGAGAAGAAAUUCUUCUGCGCUCUGCUUUGAAACAAAUCAGGGAUUGUUGUGAUUUAAAAGUACAACUGUACAGUAUGUACAUGUAUGUACAGUGUGUACAUGUACUUCCGAUCUAAAUAAGACAUUAAUGUACUAUAGUAACCUUGCAUAAAAGCUGCCGAUGUACAGUACAUAGUCAACAACAAAAUGUCUUGAACUAAAUUCUGAAACAUCUGUCUCAAUGUUAGAGGGGAAGAAUUAUUUGUGACAAAAUUUAAACAUUUAAUGGAUAAAGAGUCAGAAAUAUCACAAUCAAGUUCCUAAACAGCAAGGGAAAAAAUACAGCUUUCAUUUGACUGAAAACAUACAUCUCAUGCUCUAAUCUAUUACAGGUAACUGCCAAAAACAGGUCACCACACUGAUCAUCAAGUGUCUUAAUAAGGUGUUACUCCAACAGUCACAGGAACAAAUUCAUGUGGAUUCUGCAGCAUUUGACACUUAACACUGGGAUUCUUAAUUCCCACAUUAGGUCUAUGGAUUAUGGUGGUGCUACAUGUCUCAGAUACUGCUCCGAUAGAUUCUCCCAUACAUCUGAGAUCUGCUAACUGAAAAGAAAGCAAACCUAAUCUAGGUAAUGAAUUAUUACAUUUCCCAUAAUUGACACUGUUUCAGUUUGGUGACUAUUUGUAGAUCCAGAACAAAAAAAAUGCUCCACUUAAAAGUAGAAGUCUUCACUCUGAAUGUUUUGUCCUUUUCCCGAUUGCCCUUUAGAGCAGCAUCCCAUCUACUGUCAAAUGCAUUUGUAUUCUUUAUUCGCUGGUGUUCCCUCUGUUUGGGCAGUUACUUGUAUCUACCAAGGAAGAUUUAUGUGGAUUAUAAACAUACUAUUAAUUUCUUUUGAGGCUUUAUUAUUAAGACUUCUUGCUCAUUUCUAUACUGUUGCUGUAGUGUGGAUGUGGAAGUGUGUGUGUAUGCACAGGUGCUACUGUGAAACUUAAGCAACAACUCUAAGCAUCUGAUCACUGUCAAUCCAGAUUUUAUAGUUCAAUAGCACAGACGCCCCAAAAAAACACAUUCCAGGGGUUAAGGACAUUGAACAUACUGUAUGAUCUAAGCCAUUGAAGCAAAAUCAGCUAAUCGGUUAUCAUGAGUCUGUUACAUGAACAAUUUUCUAUUUCUUUAGGGCAAAAAAAUGAAUACAGCAGUUAUAAUGUACUUUUAAGGACAGGUGUAUAUCGUCAUUUUAACUGAUCACAUCUGAGAGGUUCUCCAGAGCAGAGGGGUCCUGCAAUGGUUUCCAGAGAAAGCAAAGAUCAGCCUCAUGUCUCCAACAAAUGGCUGAAUUUCCAUUUUUAAUAAAAAGUUUCACUUUCUCCACAGUUUCUACAACUACAGUGCGGGCUCAUGUUUAGUUCUGUUACAAGUCACAUCCAAACAACAAAACUUCUUCUGGCAUCUCUGACAUGGUUAAACUUUGAAGGAACCCCUGCUCUGGACCAUUUCAAAAACACAUUUUCAGUAUCAUGCAAAUAUCAAAUUUGGAGCUUUGGCGGAAAAAGUAACCAUGGAAUAUAAAGGAUUGAAAUAAAACCUCCUGUCAUUGAA